AUGAACACUGUUGAUAUUGGUCAAAAAUACAAAAGGAUUGUUGAAUAUCUGUGGGACCCAGAGCCAAAGAAUGAUGACGACAUUAUUGAACCUGUUUGGUGCUUAGGAAAGGAGUACAAGACAUCUAUCCCAAGGGACAGCGAAGGAGCCGAAGCUCCUGAAAGCUGCAAUAUGCCUGGCAUGCCAUUCUUGUCACCCAUGAAUCAGAUGUCGUUAUCAUCGCGCGAUACCCAAGCAGCUCUCAGUAAACCAGCUACUCCUCCACAUCAACUAGGCAUUCAAAGGUCCAAGUCUCGAGAAUGGCCGACCUCGUUCCUUGAUGACUUUGAAUCGAAGUUUUGGUUCACGUAUCGAUCCAAUUUCCCGGCGAUUCCCAAGUCAAGGGACCCCGAUACUCCUCUGGCUCUCACGCUAAGUGUGCGACUCCGAAGCCAGUUCCUAGAUACUCACGGCUUCACCGCCGAUACAGGUUGGGGCUGUAUGAUUCGAUCCGGACAGAGCCUACUAGCAAAUGCUCUUUCAAUCUUAAAUCUAGGCCGAGAUUGGCGACGAGGUUCUAAAAUAAAAGAGGAGUGCGAAUUGCUAUCAUUAUUCGCCGAUAAUCCCCAGGCACCAUUCUCCAUACAUAGGUUUGUUGACUAUGGGGCAUCUGCCUGUGGCAAACAUCCCGGGGAAUGGUUUGGCCCUUCCGCAACUGCGCGCUGUAUUGAAGCGCUAUCCAAUGAAUGUAAGCAUACCGACCUUAAUGUAUACGUAAUGAGCGAUGGCUCCGACGUCCAUGAAGAUCAAUUUCGCCAAAUCGCUGGACCAGACGGGAUACGACCAACCCUUAUAUUGCUUGGAGUGAGGCUGGGGAUUGAAAGUGUCACACCCGUGUAUUGGGAAGCUUUGAGGGCGAUUAUCCGAUAUCCUCAGUCUGUCGGAAUUGCAGGUGGCCGUCCAUCAUCCUCGCUUUAUUUUAUUGGAGUGCAAGGCCCGUACUUCUUUUACCUCGAUCCCCAUCACACCCGGCCUGCAGUUUCAUGGAAUCCAGAUUCUACCUUGUCACCUGAGAACCUCGACACUUAUCACACUCGGCGGCUGCGAAGGCUCCAUAUCAGAGAAAUGGAUCCGAGCAUGUUAAUUGGGUUUCUCAUCAAAGAUGAUGAUGACUGGAAAGACUGGAAGAGACGCCUUCGUUCUGUAACGGGAAAUCCGAUCAUCCACAUUUUUGACUUGGAACGGCCAAAUUUUGGGCGUCAUUUAGAAAGAGAGGAAGCAGUAGACGAAGUCGAAGCCCUUGAUGAUGACAGCAAUUAACGAUAUCUCUGUCACCAAGCUUUCAGGCAUUCCCCACGCCUUUCACUCGCCAGCGUUCCUAUAUCUCGUCCUCAAACUUAGUCCUGAGCUUAAAAUGUGGUGACAUCAAAUAUUGUAUUCAUAACCUAGCAACUAAGGAGA